UUUUAUCAUAGGAAGUAUGAGACAAAAUACGCUCAAAUUGAGCGGACACUUUUUUUUUUUUAAUGAAAUAGUUAUAGGACUACUAAAAAUGUUACGUAACGAAAUUUACUUUUAAAAUAGAUUACCACUUGUAAAAUAUGUUCUCGGCGACAGUGGAUCUAUACGACGUGCCUCCAGCAUGGUGGGAAGCGGAUUGCGUGAAAUACGGACUCAGUCACGUACCCGUGAGAUCGCGAUUAACAUCGCUGAUGGGAACUAACGUAGUACGACUGACAGACCGCAGAUAUAUGAUACAGCUCGCGUCGAGGCUGCAGAAAGAUUACGAGGCGCACCAAAAGGCUCGCAUCGAACGAAGGAAAUUGAAGGCAGUCUCGAUCGUACCGCAAUUGAGGGAAUUAUUGCCCAGAUCGUUAUUGAAGACUACUCGGCGACGGCAUGAAUGCGAGCCGAAAUUUCACGCGUAUGCGGCUAAAAUGUGUAAACAACUUCCGCAGAUGUUACUCGCAAAUUAUUCGGAGCCUCGUGUCAAAUUCUAAAUUAUCAUUCACAUAAUAACAUUUAUGUUUAUUUUGGCCAUUUCGACGAGUAAAUCUAAAUGUAAGAAAAAGUACAGAGUCAAGGAACAUUUCGAUAUCUGUUAUACGCAUAAUAAAUAAUAAGCU